CUUUGUCAUGUGCAUUUCAAAUGUUUUCGUCGGUUUUGGUCAUUUCCCUGUCGCUCAAGUUCUCCCUGGUUAUAAUUAAUCGAAUACAUUGUAUUUAAGUCUCUCGAAUGAUCCAUAAAUGAUCAGUUUCAUCAGGUGAGUUUGGCAUCUGGGUCUUCACUCUUUUGUUCUCUACACAGAAGCCCCCUCUUCUUUGUCCACCUAUCAAAUUGCAUAUGGCGAUGUUUUGAACAACUUUACUUAAUCUUCAAUGGGCCUUUUCAUGGUAGUAUAAAACCUGGUGGCUAUUUGUUUGUGUUCUGCAAUUAUUUCUUUUUGGACAUUAUUCUAUCAUUUGUGUAUUGCAAAGUGAAAAUUGCAACAGAUGUUCCUUGCCCAAGUGAAUUCCUAUGCCCUACUCUCUUCCUCACGCGAAUUUCCGGAGAAAGGUUGCUGCUUGGUGCUCCACUCAGUUCCCAUGCUAGAUUUCUCUUUUUCAUAACUUGUCGCCUGGCUCUUUAUUCUUCAGAUCUGCCUCCUUGUUUAUUUGUUUCGGAGAAUUGGUCUUUCGGUGCAUUAAUUGAAUUGAAGAGUAGUAGAGCACAUGGAUAGUAAACAGCAAGAAUCGGCAGCAGAAAAAUGCUGUCUAUUCUUUAUAAUUUUAGCGUCAUUUCUUCAAACUUUAGAUAUAAAUUUUAGCUUUUAACAUGAAUGGGGAAUCUGAUUCUACUUUACGCUUUCUGUCUCUUUUUUGGAAUUGAAUUUCAUAUUCCUUCAUUUUCCUCUUCCUCUUCCUUUGGCCCUUCCCCUUACCCCCUUUAUAUUCUUCUCACUAAUUUGUUGCUUUGAUAAGAAAACUGAAGAAACAAAGUUGAAUAAUAAUUUGAAGCGUGUGUCUUCAAUUUCCAAUGAAUGAAUCACGAAGUUAAAAUUAGUGCAAGAGGUAUGAUUGAGUAGAUGAUUUUAUUUCUCUGAUUAAUGAAUUCUGUUAUUUGCUUAUUCUCAGUAGUUUUGUUCAGCAAUAAAGAAUGUAUUUGGUGGUCUACUAGUUAUUUAUAUUCAGUUUUGCUCAUUUCUACCCUUGGAAAGUAUAUCUGCUGCUGAAAUUUAUGGUUUUCAUCUCCUAAAAUCCCAUGAUUCAAUUGACUGCAAAUUCUCUGGCAGCAGCAGUCAGCAAAUUCAUUUGCGAUGCACGAGGAGUAAUGUGCUUUUGAUUUAAAAUGAACGCGAUAGUGCUUCUUUCGUUUUUCUUUGCCGUCUGUGGACUGUUUUCAAGCAUCCACAGUAGGAAUUUUACUUCAAGACCUGCUGUUGUCAAUAUUGGAGCCAUUUUUUCAUUUGAAACUACCAUUGGAAGGGUGGCCAAAAUUGCUAUUGAGGAAGCUGUCAAAGAUGUAAAUGCAAAUUCUAGUAUUCUGCGCGGAAGCAAACUUGUAGUUUCGAUGCACAGCUCCAACUGCAGCGGGUUUACGGGCAUGGUUGAAGUUGUUGUAUUUUUCACAGCUUUGCGAUUCAUGGAGACUGAUGCCGUUGCAAUUAUAGGUCCACAAUCUUCUGUGGUUGCUCAUAUCAUAUCCCAAGUUGUAAAUGAACUCCGAGUUCCUUUAUUAUCUUUUGCUGCAACAGAUCCCACUCUCGACUCUCUCCAAUUCCCCUUUUUUGUUAGGACAACACGAAGUGAUUUAUACCAAAUGGCUGCAAUAGCUGAAAUAGUUGAUUAUUACGGUUGGAAGCAAGUAAUUGCCAUUUUUAUUGAUGAUGAUAAUGGACGAAAUGGCAUAUUAGCUCUAAGUGACAAACUUGCUGAGAGGAGGUCUAAAAUCUCUUACAAAGUGGGGAUUCCACCAGACUCUGGUGUUACUAGGGGAGACAUCAUGGAUAUUCUUGUUAAGGUUGCAUUGAUGGAACCUCGAGUUGUUGUUCUUCAUGUUAAUCCUAAAUUAGGUUUUAGUAUCUUUUCUGUGGCAAAAUAUCUUGGGAUGAUGAGCAAUGGAUAUGUAUGGAUUGCUACAGAUUGGCUAUCAUCUUAUUUAGAUUCCUCUUCUCCUCUGCCUUCUGAGACCAUGAACAUAAUGCAAGGAGUUCUUGCUUUACGUCAAUACACACCUGAUUCAGAUAGGAAGAGAUCCUUUUCCUCUAGGUGGAGCAAUUUGACUGGUGGUUCUCUGGGGCUGAAUUCUUAUGGGCUUUAUGCUUAUGAUUCUGUCUGGCUGGUUGCUCAUGCUAUUGAUGCAUUUUUUGAACAGGGUGGGGUUAUCUCAUUUUCUAAUGAUUCCAGGUUGCGUUCAGAAGGUGGUGAUCUUCAUCUUGAUGCAAUGAGCAUUUUCGAUGAUGGACUGCUCCUGUUGAAGAACGUAUUGAGAAGUGAUCUUGUUGGUUUAACAGGUCCACUAAAGUUUGAUUCAGACAGAUCUCUGAUUCUUCCUGCCUAUGAUGUUAUUAAUGUGAUAGGAACUGGGUAUAGACAGAUCGGUUACUGGUCCAAUUAUUCUGGUUUAUCAACUGUUCCUCCUGAGACAUUCUAUAUGAGGCCACCAAAUCGGUCCAGUGCAAACCAACAACUAUACAGUGUUAUUUGGCCUGGAGAGACAGUAUUAAAGCCUCGUGGAUGGGUAUUUCCAAAUAAUGGGAAACAAUUGAGAAUCGGUGUGCCCAUUCGAGUUAGUUUCAAGGAGUUUGUAACAAAAGUGCAAGGGACUGACAUGUUCAAGGGUUUUUGCAUAGAUGUGUUUACAGCUGCUGUAAGUUUAUUACCAUAUGCUGUUCCAUAUCAGUUUAUCCCCUUUGGAAAUGGCAAAGAAAACCCCAGCUACACAGAACUUGUGAAUUUGAUCACAACCGGUUUCUUUGAUGCUGUUGUAGGUGAUAUUGCCAUAGUUACAAAUCGAACCAAAAUUGUAGAUUAUACACAGCCAUUUGUAGCGUCAGGAUUGGUUGUUGUGGCCCCAUUUAGGAAAUUGAAUUCAGGGGCCUGGGCUUUCCUGCUGCCAUUUAGUCCACUUAUGUGGAUUGUUACUGCCUGUUUCUUCAUUGGUGUUGGCACAGUUGUCUGGAUUCUGGAGCAUAGGAUAAAUGAUGAGUUUAGGGGCCCACCUAAAAGACAAAUUAUAACUAUUUUAUGGUUCAGCCUCUCAACCUUAUUUUUUGCCCAUAGGGAAAACACUGUGAGCACCUUGGGUCGCUUUGUGCUAAUUAUAUGGCUAUUUGUGGUUUUAAUAAUCAACUCAAGCUACACUGCAAGUCUGACAUCAAUUCUCACAGUGCAGCAAUUAUUUUCUCCUAUAAGCGGGAUUGACAGCUUAAAGGAAAGUGAUGAACCCAUAGGAUACCAAGUGGGUUCUUUUGCUGAAUAUUAUUUGAGCCAGGAACUUGGAAUAUCUAAGUCUAGGCUUGUUCCCCUAGGAUCACCUGAAGCGUAUGCUAGAGCUCUCGAACUUGGUCCUAAAAAGGGGGGUGUUGCUGCUGUGGUUGAUGAACUUCCUUAUGUUGAACUCUUCCUCUCAACCCAGUGCACAUUCAGGAUUGUAGGUCAAGAAUUCACAAAAAGUGGCUGGGGUUUUGCAUUUCCUCGGGACUCUCCCUUAGCUAUCGAUAUGUCAACUGCAAUUUUAGCACUAUCCGAAAAUGGUGAUCUUCAAAGGAUCCAUGAUAAGUGGCUCAUGCAUAGUGGUUGCAGUUCAGAUUCAACUGAACUUGAAUCAGAUAGACUUCAGCUUAAAAGCUUUUCAGGCCUCUUCCUCAUUUGUGGGCUGGCUUGCUUCUUGGCUCUCUUCAUAUACUUUUUGCAGAUUAUACGGCAACUGUAUAGUGCCCCCACUGUUGAAGCCGCUUCCCCUCUUCAAGGAAGCUCACGCUCUGGACGUCUGCAUAGAUUAUUAUCACUAAUGGAUGAGAAGGAAGACCAGUCUCGGCAGAAGAAUAAGAGAAGAAAGGUUGAAAGAUCAUUAUCUGAGAAUGAUGGGGAUGCAAAGUCGGGAAGUAAUACCAAGAGGAAAGGAAUUGAAAUGACCUCAGGUAGCAACAUCAACCCCAUAAGUUAAUCCUACGCUUGUUCAUUAGAAUACAAAGCCAUUUAUACACAUUAAUCAACAGGGUCUUAUGUUAAAGCCUGUUAAUUGUUUAUAGGAGUCUUUUCGUAGGAAUUUUAGCAUACCGAAAUUUACUUUAUCCCCAUAAGAGAAUCUUGACAUAAUGUGAGAAGGAAAUGUAAAAUGAGAAUUACUAGAUUUAAUAAAGACCUCCUUUAUUUUUGUACUAA